AUGGCGGCUCACCAUCACGACGGGCCUAGCCAGCCCGUGGCGAAGCGAGCAAGGGGUGCUAGCCGCACAGAAACGCCGGGUGCUCCCUUCGCUCUGCCAGAGCCGGAUGUUGAAGAUGCCCUGGCACAGUUUCCGUCGGCCUCAUUGCUGAACGGAACUUCUCGGCCUCUGGGACUCACACGCCAGAAGCCGUUCGCGCAGCGGACCGGGCGCUGGGCCAGGGGAGGAUACUAUCGCGGCGGACAGAAGCCGGUUGUUCAACCCGUUGGACAACCGGAACUUGCUAUGGUUCCUGGCAUAGCAGGGCUUCCCGCUACCGCAAUGUCCACCAAAACCGGUGCGACUUCGGAGCACGACGCCAUCCCUGUUCCUCUCGAGACAGUUGUCGUCGUCGUCGUCGUCGCCGCUGCCGCCGUCAACGCCACCGAUGUGGAGAAGGCCCGGGAGUCUUUCGUGCGGAGCUCGUUCGCUGCAGUCGUGGCCGCUUCGGCCCCUCGACUAGCAACAGCAAGCCCUCGACCAGCAGGCUCGACGGUCGCUACGGCCGCUCGUCCUGGUCUAAAGACCAGGCGAGCGUACCGCCGCUGGCUCGACUUCUCGGAGCUCCCAUCCACUCCUCAUUGA